UCUAUAUAAGCUCAGCGUUAAAUUCACGCAAACUUAAAAAGAAAUCCCUAGAAGCUGAAGAGGAAGAUGAGGCCAACGCCGAUGGAAUUCAUGGUGGACCCAGAUGAUCAAGGCUCAGCCAUGGAAGUCGACGACGUUGACCCACUCGAGAUGUUCGGCGAAGGCGGCAUCUCCAUCGACAACAAGCUCGCCGACGCCGAUUUCUUCAACAACUUCGAAGACGAUUUCGAUGACUCCGACAUCAACUAAACGCCUCAACCCAAAGUUCUCAUCUUUUUCUCUCUUACCUUUCUAGGGUUUCAUCUUUUUUCUUAAGAAAAAUCCUAAUGCUUGUCCGAUUCAGUCGAAUUUGAACUGCUUUAUGGCUUAUCUCAUCUGCAAAUUAUAUUAUUGAAGUUUUUGAACGUUUAGCUUUGGUUAAUUAAGGAAUAAAAAGGUGUUUCCAUUCUGGAGUUGAAUUUAGUGUUGAAAUGAAGCGAGAAAUUGAAAGAAAAUUUCAACA